UCAGAAGUAUUGAGCGUUUGAGCGCCGAUUUUGACCUAAUGCUGCUCUAUUUUCACAAGUCCACUUGGGGGCGAUAGAGAGCACUGACGUGGCGUCGAGCCGUCGAUUUGCUGUGGCCAGAAAGCGUCGCUUUUGUGAUGUCACACCCUUGUGUUGUGGAGAAAAAAAGAUCUCAUGCUUCUGAAAGGUAGUGUGUACUUAGCAUUAGUCCAGAAUGUGGACCAUUUUUACAGUACAUUCCGAUCUAGACAGCCGACAGCAGAGAACUCUGUAGAGAGGCUGUUGUUUUGCUAAUGAAGGGUAUCUGGCAACGUCCAGUUCAGCAUUUUCAAGUGUAGUCAACGUUAGUUGCCUAGUUAGUUAGAGGUAACUAGCUAAGUUAUCUGCUUCAUCCUCAGACGCCUCCUGUACCCACUUGAACUGUGUGGUCCACUUAUUCGGAACCAUGGCUACACGUCUCACAGAUCUCUUCGGAAACACCCGGAUUAUUACUGGAUUGUUGGUGAAUUUGUUUUCGUCCAUAUGCAUCGUAUUCCUCAACAAAUGGAUCUAUGUGCAUUACGGAUUUCCCAACAUGACUUUAACACUGGUACAUUUUGUGGUAACGUGGCUGGGGCUAUUCUUGUGUCAGAAAAUGGACAUAUUCUCCCCUAAGAAGCUGCAACCGUCCAAAAUUAUUUACUUGGCCCUCAGCUUUUGUGGGUUCGUUGUUUUCACCAACCUCUCUCUUCAGAACAACACUAUUGGCACGUAUCAGCUCGCUAAAGCCAUGACUACCCCUGUCAUCAUUGUCGUACAAACGGUGUAUUACAGGAAGACAUUUUCUACGAAAAUAAAGUUGACAGUGGUCCCCAUUACAUUGGGGGUCAUCCUGAAUUCCUACUAUGAUGUCAGGUUCAAUCUCCUGGGCAUUGUGUUUGCCACACUAGGUGUCUUGGUCACUUCUCUUUACCAAGUGUGGGUGGGAGCCAAGCAGCAUGAGUUGCAGGUGAACUCCAUGCAGCUGCUCUACUACCAGGCCCCCAUGUCCUCCGCCUUCCUGCUGCUCUUCGUGCCUUUCUUCGAGCCCCUCACCGGGGAGGGGGGCAUCUUCGGCCCCUGGUCCCUGCAGGCUCUGGGCAUGGUGCUGUUGUCAGGGGUGAUUGCCUUCCUGGUGAACCUAUCUAUCUACUGGAUCAUUGGGAACACCUCAGCUGUCACCUACAAUAUGUUUGGACACUUUAAGUUUUGCAUCACGUUGCUGGGGGGCUACAUGCUUUUCGAGGACCCUCUGUCUCUCAACCAGGGCCUGGGAAUCGUUUGCACGCUUGUGGGCAUCCUGGCCUACACCCACUUCAAGCUGGCCGAGCAAGAGGAGGGCAAGAGCCGGCUCGCUCAAAGACCAAACUCCAGUCCCGUCUGAAUUGAAGGAUUAUGCUGACUCACGUCUGCUCUGUCUCUUCAGUAGACAGUGGUGUAGAGGGCCAAGUCUACUGAAGGCACAAGUCUAUACAUGUCAUUGUGUAGGAGGUCACCGAGUGCGAAACAUGCUGAGUGCUUUGAUCAUUGUGGUAUCCCCCAGGAGACGAUCUGUCCAAUAUCAGCAGAAUGUGUUUGUCAGAUGCUGAUCAGACUACUGGUGAAAGGUUUCUGUACUCACUGCUGUUUUUGUUUGCCUUUGUCAUGAGCAACAACGAAACAGCAUACUUACAUAGAACUUGGAAUGUUGUUGUAGAUUUCCCAUGAGGUACAGAUGUUUCUGUCCCUUAAAACCCACACACACACACACACGGAACAACUGUCUAGCUAACUUUCUUGUGUUGUAGAGAUCAUCUUGCAUUGCCCCAUAAAGUUAUACUCGCUAAAUAAAUGAUAGACAUUGAUUUAGGCAUUAGAUGGUUGAACUUUAAAAGCUUUGCAUUUCAGACAGGGUGAAAUUUACAGACAUAACCAUGUAAGUGUCUUUCACAUUUACAUUUAGUCAUUUAGCAGACGCUUUUAUCCACAGCGACGUACAAAGGAGAGACGAAUGGUAACAACGGUACAAAUGGAAACAACAAGACCUCAAGAUUCCACAAGACUGUCUUUCUCAGAAUGGUAGAGAUGGCUUUCACUGUGUUAAAUGUUUGACACAGAUACUCCUUUCUCAACAGCCCUUAACAUGCUGGCUUUGUGACUGCUCAGUCCAUAUUGGUUUGUGUGAUCUCUGUGUUUGGCCAUGCAGUUGCUGGCUGAGCUGUAAGAUGUGUUGAUAAAGAGCUUCCGUUUGCAAAAGGAAGUGAGCUAUUUUAUUCAGUUCUGUUCCGCUGACCCUGCAGCAGAGCUUUUGUAUAAAACUGACUGUGAAUAUAUCAUGUAACAGCUCAAGAGGAUAACCAGAGAUUUUGUCAUUACAGUGUUGCUUUUUUCCCUUUCUUUCUUUGGAGUUUGUGCAAACUUACUUGGCCAAUAAACCUGAUUCUGAUUCUGA